CACCCCUCUCUGGACCCCGCGCACCCCCAGCGACACCCCUCUCUGGACCCCGCGCACCCCCAGCGACACCCCUCUCUGGACCCCGCGCACCCCCAGCGACACCCCUCUCUGGGAUUUGGGGCGCUUCUCCAGUCCCGGGAACGGGGAACACAUGCGGGUUCGUCUGGGCACGUGCGGGAUGGAAACGCACGACUCCUUCCACGAGUUCGCUUGACCUUCAGCACCACGGACUUGACCUUGUUCCUUCGCGGGCCGUGCCCGGAAAAGAGGAGGGUUUGCGGGACCUCGGGGCUCUUAAGAAACUUUCGUAACGGAGAAAUCUGGGCGAAAAGAAUCUGUAAGGGGUGCGUGUACGUGUGUACGUGCGUGCGUGUGCACACACAGGCUCUCGCGAGUCUAAUUUCAUGCAGUGCAGCCUGCGUUGUUAAGGAAGUGUUUACUGAAAGAAAGCAUUGUCUGGAAGACGGCAGGGUCUGCUCUAAGAGCAGAGGGAGAGCUACAUUGUUGGUGUGGGUGGCGGGGUAGUAGAACCCUGUGGAGGAGAGGGAGAGCUACGCUGUUGGAGGGGGGGGCAGUAGGACCAGGAAGAGCAGGGUGUGGAGGGGUUGAGGGGUUGAAGGGGAGAUGGAGGACCCGGCAGGCGAGAAGGGUACCUCAUCGUGCUGCUGCGACUCCCCCGAAAGCGAUUCUUCCGCCCAGGUUGGACAUUUGGGGGAGGGGCCGGAGCCUGCAGCCCUGCCCACUGGGCCCGCCUCCAUUCCGGAGUGCCCCAUCUGCUUCUCGGCCUACGACGGGGCGUUCCACGCCCCCCUCCAGCUCCCCCGCUGCGCCCACACGUUCUGCCUGGUGUGCGUGUCCCGGAUGAGCCUGUUCCCCUCCCCCCCACAGGGCUUCCAGUGCCCCCUCUGCCGCACCCCCGUCCCCCUGCCCCCCGGCGGUGCCCCCUGCCUGCCCCCCAACAUGGAGCUGCUGUCCCGGCUCCCCCAGGCCCACUGCGGGGCCCCCAAACGGGUGUGGCUGGAGGGGCCGGUCCUCUGCUAUUGGACGGGGCCGGAGGAGGGCGGGGCUACAGCAGACGGGGUCGCCAGGCUGCCGCUGACCGGGGUCCCCGCGGCUGGGGUCGCGGCAGGGGCGGGGGUCACACCAGGAGUGCGAGUGGGAGCGGGGGCGGGGGCGGGAGGGGAGGGCCAGCCGGUCGCCAUGGUGACGGUUCUCUCCCGACGCAGGCUCGGUGGCUGCAGGAACGUCAGGGGCCUGGCCGUGAUCAGCUUCCUCCUCUUCGUCAUCAUCUUCGUCGCCAUCUUCCUCCCUGUCUACUUCCAUAGCAGAGAACCAACUCCCCCAUUCUAACGCUCUGAACAGACUCCACUGAUAGGACUCCACUGGCAGACCGUUUGUGUGGAAUUAUAAAUAAGCCCGGCACAAUGUGAGCCAGGGAAGCUGCAGCUCCCAUUCCUGGAUUAUUGGAUUACUUUUAAUAAUACCUAGCGUGUGUGAGUAUGUGCCUGUGCGCAUUUGUGUCUAUUAGAAGUUCUAGUAUUAAGAAUGCUUCCAUGUAAUUUCCUUCACAUUAAACUCUGUUAUUUUUAUGACAU